CUCUUACAAGUUAUAUACGUGAACGAAGUUGCAUCAUGGGAAGACUUGAAUUUGCACUGAUUCUGAUGAUUUUCUACAUUGGUGCUCCUUGUUUUGAGAGUUUUAUGUCAGCUGAAGGAUAUCCAAAUGUGACGCUGUUGAAGGGAGAUAAGAAUGUGUGGUGUGUAGCCCAAGAAGAUGCUGCAACCUCAGCUUUGGCAUGGACCUCAAAGAAUAAAAUAUUAAACAUGACAGUUUCAUAUUUUGCUGGAGAAACGAGUGACCUAGAUUGUAACUUCAUGAAGCCGGAGACUUGCAAAAGAUGGGCUGGUUGGUCUCUGUCAUCAAGUUUGGAACACCCUGUUCCUCCUCUGUUUGACUAUCGUUGGAAUGACUUACCCGUUAUUCAAACCAGUGGGGAGUAUGAGUUUUUUCAUAACAACAAUGUUCGCCUUCCAAAGGAGAAAUCAAAUUGGGAAGUGACAGUGUCGGUGAGUGCUGAACAUGAUGCAUACAUUACGCUAUGCAAGGGUGCAGAUCCAUUCAGUUCAUCAUGUUACUGGAUUGUACUUGGAGGAUGGUACAACAUUAAAGUCAGAAGUGCAAUCAGACGAUGUCCUCAAGGUGUCAAUAAGGGAGGUUUUCCAGAAGACCCAUGCUAUACCCCAGUAUACACAAACUAUGCCAGUGUGGUAACUUCUGAUACAUGGAUUCAUAUGACAAUAACUUCCACUGCCACAAAGGAAUAUCAGGAACUGAAAGUGAAGUUUGCUGGUGAGGAUCAACCAUUUCUUCAGUAUAAGGACUAUAAUCCUCUGUAUCCAGAGUUUCUGAAUGUUCGGAGUGGAGAAGGUGUCCAUGCUUACUUUCGCAUCCAGAACUCAAGUGGAUCCGCACCUGUACAUCUUCAUAUAGAGUAUGCAGGCAGCAACAGACCCACAUUUGUGAAAAGUUUGGAAGCCACUAAGGAUACCUGGCAUGAGGAACGAUUUAUUCAUGAUCUAUCUGACGGAUGGGAGAGUGGGAUUUGGUUUAUGAUUUCCGGCUUUGGGAGUGAAUAUCUUGCCAUUGGAAGUGUUCGAGAAUGUAAACCAUUAGGUGAAGUUCAUGUAUCCACAGAGUCAAUUUCCAUUGGAUCAGAUAUAUCCUGUCACCCACUGAAGUACCCAAGCUUAGCACUCACUCUUAAUGAGCCAGAUCCACAUUUUUCAGGUUGUGGGCACAACUGCACACUGAGCUGUGAUAGGUUACCAGUUCCUGAACUUGCACUGUGUGGUAGUGGUGUUGUUUUGUGCCAACCAACAGGUCAAAAUAUCACCUGCUUCUGUAAUCCUGGAUACAAAGGUCAAAGCUGUGUAACACCUUGUCCAGAUGGUACAUUUGGGGUGAACUGUAAGGAGCAAUGUGGAAACUGUUUAAAAAAUGCUUACUGUGACAAAAUUGGAGGUACAUGUUUAGCUGGCUGUGAGAGUAGAUUUAUUCCUCCACUAUGCAAGAUGACUGCAGAAGCUCCAGUUAACUUACAGGUUAUAAAACGAACUCCUUAUGCCAUGCAGUUAACAUGGGAAUAUCCCAGUGCUAUUAAUGACAUAGUGAAGGAAUUUGUCAUACAUGUAAAAUUGCUUUCAUCACAGCUACGAAGACAGGGAGGAAAGAAGACAAUUCUGAAAUAUCAGUUUAAAAUAUCACCAUCUAUCACUUAUUCAUAUGAAGUGAAAGAUUUGCAACCAUCAUCAGAAUAUGAGGUGUCUGUUCAUGGGAUAACUGUUGAACUUAGUGAAGCUGCUGUUUUGAAGUCCGUGAAAACAUCGUUGAUUGUACCUGAUAUUGGUUCAGAACUUAACCUAUUAGAGGACUGUACAUCCCACACCACUCUUCAAGUCAUCAUUCCAGCUGGAGAUCCCUUUCUUACUGUAAACAGCUCCUAUUUUGUGCUUGUAACAUCUGAUAAGGAAGAAGUAGCUGCAUCUGUAACAAAGUUAGAAAUGAUGGAACUUUUUAUGAAGACAGCAAAUGUUAAACGUGAUGAGUGUUCUUGGAUUGCUGCAGAAAUAGAGCCUCAAGAUGAAGAGGAGCUUUUUAAAGUUGGUGAUAAUACAGAAAUGAUCUCCGGUACUUCUGGUGAUGUCUACUGGAACCGACCCCUGGAACCUGGCAUAUUGUAUGAUUUGAUUCUGGUAGCACUCAAUUGGCAGGAUGGUGAAUACGAGUACAGUUUUGCAAAACUGAAGCAUCCUGUUCAGACUUUGUCUGAAAAGAAAGGUGGCAUGGGCGCUGAGUGGGCUGCAUUGCUGCUGUUGCUGAUAAUACCAGUAGCUGCAGUAGCUGUGUACUUUGUUAUAAGAAAGCCAAAGCAGACUGAGCCUAUUGAAUUGAUUUAUGAAGAUGCUGUUCCUGGCCUAACGCAGACGGCAAACAUGUGCACCUCUUCUUCAUCAUGUCUACCAACACCUGCACUUGAGUUAUGGGCCCAUUUCAAACAAGACGAAUACUGGAUCCAACUUUCAAUAGACUGCGAAUAGAUAUCGCCACUUUACAGGCACUUGUCAUUUUAUCCUCUUCUCUGGGUACCCCAUCCUGCCCCGAGUACAUUCUUUCAAAUUAGGAUUGUCCCACCGAAAAUGACUUCAUGAAAAUAAAUAAAAAUUUUGUGUUUAAGACUUUCAUGAAAACACCUUGUAACAUGCAACAUUUAACAAAGUGGAAGUGAAUAAUGAAUAGGUUUUACCUUCACUGGAAGAUAAAAAAAAAUUAUAAAAUGUAGGAGCAAAAUCCCUUAACCUAAAAUACCUUAUGUCAAACAUUUUUCCUGAACAUGCCUGUACUCCAUUCAGUUCACAUGGCCCACUUUAAAACCAUAGUUUGCAAAGUGUUUAAGGGACAAUCAACUGUUCCAGCUGAGCUUCACUUUUAUCCACCUUCUGCUUUAUUAAUAAUUGUAAAUGUUAUUUUGGAUUUGUGUCUGUUAACACAACAGCUGUUCUUACUUUUAUGAAUAAUGUUAGUACUGGGAAACUUUUUUCUGCAUUUACUCUGACUUUUCCUAAUAGAGUUACACCACAUUAAGAUUCAUGACAUGUAAUAGUCUGGUGUGAAUUUAUCCCUCUCUUACUCAAAUAGAAUCUUGAACAGCACUGAGUUAUACAUGAAUAAAACUGGGCAAUACGAAAGUAAACAACUUCCUCUUGUUACUUCUAACUUGCAGCAAUUUGAGACAACCGAUUAAAUGAACACAUACAGUGGCACAGCUGGCAUAUAUCCCCACUGUGUAUAUGCAGAAUAUUUUUCUUAAUGUAAAAUUCAGACCUGGUUGACAAGCAUGAACUUUCAUUGAUGUAAUAAAAAUACUUGUCUUGUUGA